GAAGUGAGGGCGUGCAAAGGCCUCUCUGGAAGUUGUCCCGGUGUUCGCUGCUGGAGCUCCGGGUCGAGAGGACGAGGUGCCGCCACCGGCUCCCGGAGCCCAGCCCUUUCCUAGCCCAGCCCAGCCCAGCCCAGUCCUAGCCGCCAACUCCUGUCCCUGCCGCGGACCCCAGCGUUACCAUGAAUCCUGCAGUCUUCCUGUCUUUACCCGACCUCAGAUGCUCCCUGCUGCUCCUGGUAACUUGGGUUUUUACUCCUGUAACAACUGAAAUAACAAGUCUUGAUACAGAGAAUAUAGAUGAAAUUUUAAACAAUGCUGAUGUUGCUUUAGUAAAUUUUUAUGCUGACUGGUGUCGUUUCAGCCAGAUGUUGCAUCCAAUUUUUGAGGAAGCUUCUGAUGUCAUUAAGGAAGAAUAUCCAGAUAAAAAUCAAGUAGUGUUUGCCAGAGUUGAUUGUGAUCAGCACUCUGAUAUAGCCCAGAGAUACAGGAUAAGCAAAUACCCAACCCUCAAAUUGUUUCGUAAUGGGAUGAUGAUGAAGAGAGAAUACAGGGGUCAGCGAUCAGUGAAAGCACUUGCAGAUUACAUCAGGCAACAAAAAAGUGACCCCAUUCGAGAAAUUCAGAAUUUAGAAGAAAUCACCACUCUUGAUCGCAGUAAAAGAAAUAUCAUUGGAUAUUUUGAGCAAAAGGAUUCAGACAAUUACAGAGUUUUUGAAAGAGUAGCAAGUAUUUUACACGAUGACUGUGCCUUCCUUUCUGCCUUUGGGGAUGUUUCAAAACCAGAAAGAUAUAGUGGAGACAACAUAAUCUACAAACCACCAGGGCGUUCUGCUCCAGAUAUGGUGUAUUUGGGAUCUAUGACAAAUUUUGACCUGACUUACAAUUGGAUUCAAGAUAAAUGUGUUCCUCUUGUCCGAGAAAUAACAUUUGAAAAUGGAGAGGAACUAACAGAAGAAGGACUGCCUUUUCUCAUACUCUUCCACAUGAAAGAGGAUACAGAAAGUUUAGAAAUAUUCCAGAAUGAAGUAGCCCGGCAAUUAAUAAGUGAAAAAGGUACAAUAAACUUUUUACAUGCAGAUUGUGACAAAUUUAGACAUCCUCUUCUACAUAUACAGAAAACUCCAGCAGAUUGUCCUGUAAUAGCUAUUGACAGCUUUAGGCAUAUGUAUGUUUUUGGAGACUUUAAGGAUGUACUAAUUCCUGGAAAACUCAAGCAAUUUGUGUUUGACUUACAUUCUGGAAAACUGCAUAGAGAAUUCCAUCAUGGACCUGACCCAACUGAUACAGCCCCAGGAGAGCAAGAGCAAGAUGUACCAAGCAGUCCUCCAGAGAGCUCCUUCCAGAAACUAGCACCCAGCGAAUAUAGGUACACUUUAUUGAGGGAUCGAGAUGAGCUUUAAAAACUUGAAAAACAGUUUGCAAGCCUUCCAACAGCAGCAUCGACUUUACGUGGUGGAAAUAGUAAACCUAUAUUUUCAUAAUUCUAUGUGUAUUUUUAUUUUGAAUAAACUGAAAGAAGUUUUGGGUUUUUAAUUUUUCCCCCCCGACUCAAAAUGCAUUGUCAUUUAAUAUAGCCUCUUUUAAAAAAUCUGCCAAGGUUGAAAAAAAUAAAAACCAGAGGCCCAUCUUCUCUUUAAAUCUGUCCUGUACAAAUUUUAUAAGUCAAGUGAAAGAUGACAUUGCCAGAAACAGACCAUGAACUUGCACUACUAGGGUAGGGAGAACUUAGGGAUGUUUCCUGUGUAAUAUGUGCUUUUCUUUCUUUUCUUCUCAUAUGAUCUUCUCAUAUGGUAUUUUCAUUAUCACAUUUCUGAAAGCUAAGGGGAUAUAUAUUCUGGAUACUUGGGAGGGGAAUAAAUUAAAAUUUUCACACUGUGCACUGUCUUUUACUGAUUGGUUGAGUAUUACUUAUGAAAACUCCAUAGUGGUAUUUUUUGGAUUCUUAACAUAUAACUUAAACAUACUAUGAAGAGGAGGAGAGCCAUAAGCCAGAACAUUUGGCAGAAAUGUCCUUAUGAAUUAAAAGGAAAAUGAAGAGUAUUACUAAAUUUCUAUGUGUUUGUCUAAGAAAGUGGCAUAUGGAUGGUAUUUAAAACCGAAUGAAUUAGACCUAAAGUGGUGGAGCAGUUUACUAGUGUUCAACUGAAUAGCUUUUAAGGCUCCUCCCAUCAUGAGACUUCAGUUUCCAAAGAAAAAAACCAGCAGAGAAACUGUAGUUCAGUAAUUAAAAACCUCCUUCUAGCUUAUAGAGUCAUUAUAGUUAUAUAGAUCAAAAAUAAAGACAGUAAGGAGCAUACAUAUUUAAUUUUUUGCCAUUGUAAAAUUGUUAGAGGACCUUCCCCCUCUAGCUUCCCUGCUUUGCCAGGCCAGCAGUGUAUAGUCAGGUGGUCCCUGUGCCAGGCCUAAAUACUGCCAGGGAAUAAAAGCAGAGGGAGACGACUCUCAGUGUCAUAUCAGGAAUCCCAAUGCCAGAGGACAGACAGGUUCAAAAUUGGCUUUCCUCUGGGUCUGGGCUGGUGCUAUAGGCUAAGGGUCAUUUUAUACUUGGGGAAUAGUCAAUCCCAGUUUGGGGAAAUAUUAUUUUUGAGCUUAAAAUGUUGACGUGCCAUUAUAUGUAGUAUGUAAUAUAUGUAACAUCCAAUCCUUUUAAAAUACAAUAAAUAUUUAUAAUGGAUAUUUAAUAAUUAUUAUUUUUAAAAAUCAGCCUACAAUUCUUAGUUAUGCAUGAUUUAUCAACAGUCUCCAUAGUUUUAUUGAGAAUAAAUAAUGUUAGCAAGGUGAUAAGGGCAUGUUUAGAAUAUUUUACUGGGUUAUGAUGAGAAAAGUAGGACAGAGCUUUUUAGAAGUUGGGCCUUCUGUGCUCUUUAUUGCUUUUAAUCAGUAACUUAAAUGAAGUCAGUGUUGUGGUCUCCAGGUCAGAAAGUGGACCAAAUCUGAAAAGGUCGGGAUGAAAAUUCACAAAUAUUUAACAAGCUAACACUAAAGACCAAAAGCAGCACAUGCAAUUAACUGUAAUAAAUUUUUAAUCUCAUAAUGAGCCUUGACAAAAUUAUAAAAGUUAUUACUCAAAUAUUGGGUUAUAGAGAGCUGGCUUGUGAGUAGUUAUCAGGAAAAAGGCUUCAAGGAACACAAGCUCAAUGUGAUACAAGAUAACAAAGUGGUUGCUUGAAAAGUGAGUGGACUUGAGGGUGCAUUCUUUAACAUUCAUAUACAUUGGUACUUAGACGUUAGUCCUGCCCUGUCAUGAUCUUCUCUAAACUAUGAAGCCGUUGAGGACAGGAUACCAAAUUUUUUGUAUCUCUAGUGCCUACCACUUUUGGACACUUAAGUAAUCCUCAUCAAGUGUUUAUUGAAUGAAUGAGAAGCAAAGUGACCUUGAAUUUUUUACCCCCUGAGGGUGCUCAGCACAUGUGCAUCGGGACUUGGUGCCCAGUUUUAUAAAAAGUCAUUAACAAGCUCAAGUGUAGUCCGUGGAAUGACAGCGUAGAGGACAGCUAAGAGGUUUUAAAGAGAGGCUGAUUGGCUUGGAGAAGACUGGGGUCUGAAAGCCGUCUAGGUAGUCAAUGGGUUGGCAUUGUCUGGAUCCCAGGAAUCGAACUAGAACUGAAGGAAGUCAGAGUGAAAUAGUUCAGUCAACAUUUACUGAAGCCAGAUUUUUAGUGCUAUAAUACGGGAUGGAGGAUACACGGAUGAAUAAAGCAUAAUUUCUGCCCUAGAGUUGCGUAUAGUCUUACUAGGAAGAUGGAUAUAGAAACAGUAACAGGUGUUUCAGAUGUAUAAGUAGAAGAAAAUAGAGAUUAAUGUGACUGGCAUAAAGGAUCACUGAGUUCCAAAGAUUUCAUUGAGGAGAUUGUUUCAUUUGUGUUGUUAAAAGAUGAAUAGGUGUUCUUCAGGAAGUGGGGAUCUGGGUGGAUGGAAUAGUCAACAAAGGUAUGAAAUGGGAUCAUGCACUAAAGAAAGUAAGACAUUCUUGUAGCAGGGCUAGCACACUGGAGGUUGGAAGAAAUGAGAAAGGAGGUCAGAGAAAAAAAUGGAGCUGGUCACACAAGUAGUUUAUAUGCCAAACUGCUGUAUAUUGUACAGGGAUCUGUUAACAGAUCUUCAGUUGGGAAGCACGUUCAUUUUCGGUUUGAGAAAGAAGACUGUGGAAGCAAAUCCCAACUUAGACUUCCCUCUGAACCUGACUCAGAGAACCGUAUGGUAGAAGUAUCAGCUUUUCCACUCUAUCCCAGGCCGCAGGCUCCCCAGCUGUGGCUGCAGAGGAUGGUAGACUCUACUGAAGGACAUGCUUCAGUAGCAAAACCAGAAGCUUUCCUUUCUGCCUCUCUGCCCAUUCCCUCUUCCAGUUUUUCAACAUUUUUCCAGUCAUGAGAGGGACCAUAAAAAAGAUGAAACUUUUUCUUUUUUUCAAAAAAAUUUAAAGUUAAAGGAAUGUAGUAGAACAUAGCAAAUAGGCCUCAAAAAAUAAAAGUGUCUCGUAGAGCAUACUGAUGAAGUCAGGCUGUCAGAGAUCAAGUGCAAAAGAAAGGAGCUGGUGUGAUAACAGCUGCAAAAAGGACUGUGAAACAUAAAAGUUUGAAACGGUAAAGCUCCUAAUGAACUUAAAUUUAUAGCAAAGCAAAAGUUGCCAAGAAAGCUUUAAAAAAAAAAAAACCAAACUGG